UAGACAUCUCUUUCUCUCUCCCUCCCCCAAGUACCUCUUGUCCGGCCCCCUGAUCUUUCUGUCCAUUGGCUUCCCCGGGUCUAUCUUUCAUGUCCAGCCCCUAAUGAGUGUCCAUUGGUUUUGUUAUUUCCCUUCCCUCCUCCCACUUUGCCGCUUCGCCCUGCCCAUGUGUUGUAUCUCUAUGUCCAUCCAUCGACUGACGUUCAAGUUCGUAGGAACGUCACGUCCGCACUUGAACUUGCAGCUCAGGGGGGCUUUUGCCAUUUUUUCAUCUCUCUCCCUCGCUCUCUUUUAAAAAAAGCCAUGACGGCGAUCCCACAAUCCAUCUUCCCUGCGCCAUCGUUGUAUUAUUUCUAAUUUAUUUUGGAUGUCAAAGGCAUUGAUGAAGAUAUUUUCUCUGGAGUCUCCCUUCUAACCCGGCUCUCCCGAUGUGAACCGAGCUGAACGCUGCCACCAGCCACCAUGUCUCGCCGCAAGCAAGGCAAACCCCAGCACUUGAGCAAGCGGGAGUUUUCGCCCACCGAGCCCCUGUCUGCCAUCGUCUCGGAGGAGCUCUCGUCGGAACGCUGCUCGCAACGCUCGGACCGUUCAGAGAAUGGCACGGGCACACUGCGGGUUGCCGUGGAGACGGAGCAUGACCUGUUGACCUGUGGUCAGUGCCAGGCCACCUUCCCCCUGGGGGACAUCUUGCUCUUCAUUGAGCACAAGAGGAAGAGAUGUCAUGGACCCCCCUGUCUGGCCAGGGGCCUAGACAAGCCCCCCUCCCCGUCACCAGGCCUGGCCCUCACUCCCUCGCCCUUCCUGGCCUCACUCCGCACGCGCCCCGUGGAGGUGGGCGUCCAAGCCACGCCGGGGGCCGAUGACGACCGCUUCUCGUUGCCCAGAGGGAUCUGCCCCAAGCAGGAACACAUCCCAGGUAAGGAAGAGCCCAGUACCUACACCUGCACCACCUGUAAACAGGCCUACGGCAGCGCCUGGUUCCUGCUCCAGCACGCCCAGAACACCCACGGCUUCCGCAUCUAUCUGGAGAGCGAACACGGCCAUGGGAGCCCCCUCAUCCCCCGCAUGGCCAGACCCUCCUCCCUAGGCGGGGGUGCAGACUGUCCCUCACAGCCCUCCCUCCACGGCCUCCACCUGCCCUCCGAGGCCAGCCCCUUUAGCCUCCUCCGCAUCCCAGGAUCAGGCUCGGGGGGCCGGGACGGAGGGGGUGGACAGCAGCGUUUCCCCCCGACGCCGCCGCUCUUCAGCCCCCCUCCGCGCCACCACCUGGACCCCCACCACCUGAGCCCAGAGGAGUUGGCGCUGGCAGCCCACCAUCCGAGUGCCUUCGACAGGGUGCUGCGCCUCAACCCUCCCAUGCCCCUGGACCCACCAUCGGCCAUGGACUUCUCCCGUCGGCUGAGGGAGCUGGCGGGCAACACCUCAGUGUCCACCCCCCCCCACUCUCCACACCGGCCCAGCCCUAUGCAACGGCUGCUCCAACCAUUCCAGUCCGGUGGAGGAUGUGGCGGUGGGGGCAAGCCUCCCUACCUGUCCACGCCCCCUCCCCUUCCUCCCUCCAUGCAGUCCCCUUCGGGUUCCCAUACCACCCCCAGCACCCCGCUGCCCUCCUCGGGCCCCCAGCCUUCCACUCCUCUGAAGACCAAGUCGUGUGAGUUCUGCGGCAAGAGCUUCAAGUUCCAGAGUAAUCUCAUUGUGCACCGGCGCAGCCACACGGGCGAGAAGCCCUACAAGUGCAGUUUGUGUGACCACGCCUGCACCCAGGCCAGCAAACUCAAGCGCCACAUGAAGACACAUAUGCACAAGUCGGGCUCGCCCAACGCCGAAAAGUCAGAAGAUGGGCUCUCUGCAGCCUCCUCACCCGAGCCGGGCACCAGCGAGCGAAUGGGCAGUGCCAGCAGCGCCCUCAAGUCAGUGGUGGCCAAGCUUAAGAGUGAGAACAACCGCCUGCGCCGGGAGAAUGGUGAGGAGGAGGAGGAAGAAGAGGAGGAGGAGGAAGAGGAGGAAGAAGAAGAAGAGGGGGAAGAGGAGGAAGAUGAGGGGGAGGAGGAGGAAGAAGAGAAAGUGGAUGGAGCUAGGAGGAACAACAACAGCUACCACUUCAGCUUGAGUUUGGAGGCAGCGCGGCACCAUGAGAACAACGGCAGCAUUGGGAACGGGGAGGUUGUGGGUCGCCUGGUCGGAGGAGAGGACGGUUCCAUCCCUCGCUCGCUACCUGAGGUGAUGCAGGGCAUGGGGUUGGCGGCCAGCAUGCAGCACUUCAGCGAAGCCUUUCACACACACAAGCGCAGCGCGCUGGGCCAAGAAAACCACACACACCACCACCAAAACCGCGAGCACACACAACGGCAGAUGUGUGACAAGGAUUCAGCGCUGGAGUCGGGCCGCGGCGAGGGGGGCUGCAUAUCGGCUGUGGCCAUCAACGGGCGCGGCACAUCCCCCAGCGAAGCUGCCUCGGUGGGACUCUCCAAGAAGCUGCUCCUGGGCAGCCCCAGCCCCCUCAGCCCAUUCUCCAAACGCAUCAAGCUGGAGAAGGAGUUUGACCUGCCUACACCCACCAUCCCCAACACAGAAAACGUCUACUCCCAGUGGCUGGCCGGAUACGCUGCCUCCCGACAAUUCAAGGACCCCUUUCUGAACUUCCCGGGGGACUCCAGACAAUCGCCCUUUGCCUCUUCUCCCUCAGAGCACUCGUCGGAGAAUGGCAGCCUGCGCUUCUCCACCCCUCCUGGGGAACUGGAUGGGGGGGUGUCGGGCCGCAGCGGGACGGGGAGCGGGGGGAGCACGCCCCACCUUGGGGCUCCGCUGACUCGACCUGGCUCCAAGGACAGCAGCCGCCGCAGCGACACCUGUGAGUACUGUGGCAAAAUUUUUAAGAACUGCAGCAACCUGACGGUGCACCGGCGCAGCCACACGGGAGAGAGGCCCUACAAGUGUGGGCUGUGCAACUACGCCUGCGCCCAGAGCAGCAAGCUCACACGCCACAUGAAGACACACGGGCAGAUCGGCAAGGACGUGUUCAAGUGUGAGAUCUGUCAGAUGCCCUUCAGCGUGUACAGUACCUUGGAGAAACACAUGAAAAAAUGGCACAGUGACCGCCCCUUGAGUGCCGAAAUUAAGUCGGAGUAGUGGGGGUUUCAUCAGCCCUCCCUCCCUCCCCAGUCCCCUGUACAUUCUCCCUUCUUCUUUCACCAGUCCGGUGGAAGCUAAGACAACGUGCUCUGGACCAGCACACCCCGUUUCCAUUACUCCUUGAAUGCAUGAUCUGUAUCGGGGCAAUACUAUUGCAUUGACGCAAAACUUCGAGCCUUUCUAUUGUGCAAUAAUUUACAUGUUGUGUACUUAUUUUCUUUUUCGAUUAUCCUUUCCCAUUUUUGAUAAUUAGACAGCAUGCAUGGUAUGUUUUGGCUAAUUAAAAAAAAAAAAGAAAUUGUCCCUGGUUGGUUAGUUGUUGAGUAAAAUGUGUUGCUGUUUUCUUGUUCUGUUUUUAUUUAAAAAAAGAAAAGACAAGAAUGAAACGACCAUGCUGCAUACCACAUAUCAUGUACAGUCUUCAGCUUAACCCUCUCUGGACGACCUGGGAAUCGCACUUAACCUUCAUCUUUCUAAAAUAUCUUCUGUCCCCAUGGGGUUAAAGAAUCGUCUAGGAAUUGGCUUGUUUACUAAAGGCAAAGCAGUGACAGCCUUUGGAUUACUUCAAAAAGACGGGGAUGAUUUAAGAUUUGAAUUUGUACUAUCAUUUGGUAAAACAAAAAAAAGAGUGCCUUUGAUAUCUUGAAACUGCAUUGGUUAAUAAUCUUCCUAUCUGCUAUGUAUUAUAGUAUCUUUAAAUUGUGAGGUUUUCAGCAGGCAUGGUACAGGCAGUAUUGUGUAUAACUGAACUGUUUGUAUAUUUCAUUUCUGGUACGGAGGUACUGAACACGAAGAUGCUCUAUAAUGUACAAUCCUAAAUUCGUGGGACUUUUAUAGUGUUGUGAGGACUUGAGAGCUGGCAUGUAUUUGCAGUAGCACAAACCUAUGAUGCUGCUUGGAUUUAUCAGUGCGGGUGCAGGCAGUGUCUAAGCUCCCAGCACACCAGACGAUACGAGGACAUUCAAAUGAAUACAAGCUAGUCAGAAUAAUUAGAAGCUAACAGAAUGGUGUGCUUGGGGGGGAGAUUUCUUUCUUCUUUUUUUAUUUAAUUACAUUUUUUUAUAAUACAUUUAAACGUUCUAUCCAUCUAUGAAUUGCCUAAACUUAAAAGAAAAGAAAAAAUCUUUAAGAAAGGCAGUUGUACCCAUGCCAGGGCUCUUGAAAAGGAGGUGGAGACAAAAUAAUCAUACAGGGGUUUGUAAUAAAGGGCACAUGUACCUUUAUUAACUUCCUGUUUUGUACUGUUUGCUGUUUGUGUUGACGUGAAAGGAGUUUUUUUCCUCGUUGAGUUGCAGACAUCCGCCCCAGUCGACGGUGAAAGAGCACUUGUCACUCUGCCUCAGAGUCUGUACAGAUACUCUAAAAAUGUCUAACGUUGGUACAACGUCGGUACAGCGGUCGAGUCUAAAGUUAGACUGUCAUUUAUAGGACAAAAUUGUCCUAUAAUUGCACUGUUCAAUUUUCCCAGUUUACAGGUAUACGCUUAAGGGAAAACUUGCUAAAAUGCUUACUGAUGACUAAAAUUCCGUUGUUUUAUAUAGUGACGAAUACAGAAUCUGUUGCCAGCCACUCCACCCCCACCCUUUGAACCUUAUCCUUCACCUCUGACCAUUGUUAUUUAACCCCAAGAAACCCCAGCAAAGCACUCAGUGGUGUGACUGGGUAAAAACUCCCUCAGCUAGAUAACAAACUUGCUGCAAGAUAUUUUUUUUGUACAAAUCUUUUUCUUUUUUUGGUAUAGAUAUUAAAAUGACUUUUUUUUUUAUAACACGUCAUUAUCUUUAGGGGAAACUGUAUUUAAGUUUGUUGUUGGUUCUCUUUUCCUCUCUGUCUUGGUGGUGUUCAAGACCCGAUCACAGUAUAUAUAAAAUGGAGAAAAAAAAUCGGUGACUUUUUAUUUUGCCUUGGCUCUUCGCGGCUCUUCAGGUUGAAUAAAAUUUGCAUUGGGGAAAGGCUUAAGAUUAUAUAUGAAUAUAUAACAGAGAACUUAAAUAUAGGAAGAUGCACACUCAUGUCAAUUCCUAUGCUUAAACACAUUUAUGGUCUACUUUUUUCUGUAUGUCUAGAAUGGUAUUUGAAUUCAAUGUUCACUUAGCGUAGGCACUAUAGUAUUUAUAUUGAGGCUCGUAUUUUUAACUGUUGCUUGUUCUCUUUAAAGGUAUUUACGUACCUUUUUUGGUAGUGAAAAAAAAACAAGCUGCCACGGUAUAUAUUUUUAAUUUGGCAGGAUAAUAUAGUGCGAAUUAUUUGUAUGUUUAAAGAAAUGAAAGAAAACCCAAUAAAAAAAAUGAUUAAGUACGUGGCAUUGGGCGCAGUGGGCCAUAAGAUGGCUACCACGCUGCGCUGGUUCCUGCUUUCACAGGUGGUUGUACAUAUCUUCUUUGGUUUGGUUUGGACCUCCUCCCCCUGCUGCCAUUCUGUAAGCAGUAAUGCAAGCUGACGUCGGGCUGUUCUGUUGUGUGCUUCUGUCUUUCCCACCUAUCCCACCUGACUACAUUCCAACAUCUUAAGAAGAAAAAAAUGAACUUACUUCAUAUGCAGUACAUCGAUUUAAAAAAUAAUCAAUGUUUUGCAGGGUUUUUUUCAUUGCCAAAUACUAAAUGGUGCUUUAUAUUUAGAUUGGAUAUACUUUCAUAUGCAAAGCAUAUUUAAAAAUGAAAAUGAAAUGGAGACGUGGAGAAGCCUGCUUGAGUUGAGACUUUUUUGUAAAUGGCAAUGCGGAAUAUUUUGUUAUCAGCAUUUUCUAUUCUUGUUCUGAGAGCUGUUUGUUGUAACUUGAACUUGACCUUUAUCUUUUACUAUGGGAGUUACUAUUUAUUAUUACCUACGCUCUGUUCAAAACAGAGGCAUGGAAUGGAUCAUUUUUUGUUUUCUUUUUCUUUUUGGUUAUGAUAUUAUUUCUUUAUUUUUUAAAGUGUGGCCCAAGGUCAUUGGACAAAUGUAGUUCUUUUUGUUGUGUUUUGUUUCUGGUCUCUGUUCAGUUGUAUUGGGAAAACCACUGUCUGUGUUUUCUGGCAGUUGUCUGCAUUAUCCUGUUCACACACCCAUUUUGUCCCUUUAUUGAAAAACAAUUAAUAAAAAAAACGAACAUAUAA